UCCCUCGUUCUCUCUCUAAAACUCUUUGUCUCUCUCUCUCUAAAAAGCUGUCUUUCUCUCUCUGACCAGCAUUGUGGAAACAAUCUCUCAAUGGAAGCAAAGAAAUUCAACAAGAUUAGAGAGAUUGUUAAGCUCCAACAAAUCCUCAAAAAAUGGAGAAAGCUUGCUGCAUCUUCCUCCACCAAAACAAGUACCACCACCAUCACUGCAAGCAAAGGCCUGAAGUUCCUCAAAAGAACCCUCUCUUUCACUGAUACCCCAUCUUCUUCUUACUCUUCCACUUGGGCCUCAAAUGUCCCGAAAGGAUACCUUGCAGUCUGCGUCGGCCAAGAGCUCAAGAGAUUCAUCAUUCCAAUGGAGUACUUGCGCCACCGAGCUUUCGAGCAUCUCCUCCGAGAAGCUGAAGAGGAGUUCGGGUUCGAGCAGGAGGGAGUGCUGACCAUCCCCUGCGAAACCGCUGUUUUCGAGAAGGUUUUGAGGGUUUUGGAGCAGAAGGAGAGUGGCUCGAAGAUGAUGAAGGUGCUGGGGUUUGAUGAAGAUGGGAGUGGGGAUGGGAAAAGAGAGAAGAAUUGCUUUUGUGGUUCGGAGGCUGAGGUUGCACUGUUUGGUGUUUCUCGUCACCAUCCAAAUCACAAGUCAUUAUGCAGAUAGGGAAUGUGUUCUCUCUCUCUCUCUCUUUCCUCUCUCUCUCUCUCUCUAAGCUUUCUCUCACUAUGUAUCCUACUUGCUCUGUAAUCCUUGCUUUUGAUUUUGAGAGUGGUUUUUGAAGAUUA